AUGGCGUUCCUCGCAGUUCCACUCAAAACAACGAGCGACGUCGAUCUGGUGAAGCCAUUGACAACAUAUAUCGAAUCGGUGUACAACACGAAUGAAGACAAUCGGGCAGAGGUUUCGGAGGCGGUUCUCGAGCUUCAUCGGCUCCGCGCGAAGGCCGUCUGUUCGCCGAUGGACAAGCAUCAGUCAGCCCUCGAUGUGUUAACGAGAUACUAUGACCAGCUAGUCGCGAUUGAGAACAAGAUCAUCAUCUCCGCGACGCAAAAUCCCGUCGUUUUCAAAUGGAAGGAUGCGUUCGACAAAGGCGGCAUUUUCUUCAACAAGGCGUCGCUGUCGCUUUCGGACGGCGCGUUUGAACGUGCUUCCGUUCUUUUUAACUGCGGCGCGUUGAUGAGUCAGAUUGCUGGUGCUCAGCCGUUGAAACUAGACGAGGACAUCAGGGCUGCUGCUUUGCUGUAUCGCCGCGCCGCCGGUGUUUUUGAACAGCUCGCGCAGAGGAUUCUCGGAAUGCUUCAAGAAGAUCCGACCCCCGAUUUGAUGCCGGACACCCUGUCAGCGUUGUCGGCGUUGAUGGUUGCGCAAGCGCAAGAAGUUAUGUAUAUCAAGGCAUAUACCGACAAGAUGAAGGCCAGCGCGCUUGUGAAAAUCGGUGCUCAGGCCAACGAUUUUUACGAUCAGGCCUACAAGGCUAUGUGCAGAGAUACGGUGAAGGGACUAUGGGAAAAGGAAUGGCUGAACACGGUCACUGGCAAGAUGUUGGCCUACCAGGCGUUGGCCCAGUACCACCAAGCCCAAGUUUGUGAGGACGAAAAGAAAGUUGGCGAGCAAAUCGCCCGUCUGACAGAGGCGCAACGCCUUUCCCAACAAGCCACGAAAUACCUGGGCGGAGCACUUGACGAACAGAUGGCGCUGAUACCAAAGGCUUUGACCGCGGCGAAGAAAGACAACGAUUUUAUUUAUCACGAGCGUGUGCCAGAGUUUCGUACUUUGCCGCCUCUGCAAGGCCAUAUUCUUGCCAAGCCGACACCUGUGGAACAUCCGAUGAGCCCUAGGUUUAAAGACAUGUUCGCCUCCUUAGUCCCGGUUCAAGUGCACAACGCCAUGCAAGUCUAUGAAACACGCCGCGGCGAGCUGCUUAGUAUGGAGAAUGGACGUAUGCGUGAGCAUACGCAGCUGAUGAACGGCGUUUUGGCAUCGCUGAAUUUGCCCGCUGCUCUUGAUGACGUGGCUUCAUCGGAUACGCUCCCAGAAUCGAUACGUCAAAAGAGUGCAAAGGUCAAACAAGCCGGAGGUAUUGACGACCUGAAUCGGCUUUUCGCCGAACUGCCCGCCCUCUACAAGCGAAACCAAGAAAUUCUUGAUGAGACUGAACGUGCUCUGAAGGAAGAAAAAGACAACGAUAACAACUUGCGUAGCCAAUUCGGAGCGAAGUGGACACGCACGAGCAGCGAACACCUCACCGGUCCUUUGAUUCAGGAAAUUGGAAAAUAUCGCGGAAUCUUGCAUACCGCCACCAACGCUGAUCAGAUGGUCAAGAAGAAGUUCCAGGACAACCAGGCCGGAAUAGCGCUGUUGUCGAAAAAUGAGCCCGAACUCAAGGCAUCGAUACCUGGCCAAGCCUCCCAUGGAACCGGUAGUUCAAGCGAAGCUGUCACCAACCUCCGCCGUCUCAUGCAGGAGGUUCAAGAAAUCAAGGUUGAACGUGAACGCCUCGAGAAGGAGCUGAAAUCGGUGACUUGCGACAUUGCCAAUGAUUUCCUGCAGGCUUUGUCAGAUAGCCAACUUCUCAACGAAGAACAAAUUUCGCGCGAGAAGCUGCAGCAGAUCUAUGGCCCGAUUCGUGAGAAGAUUGCCGCUUCUCUGCAGCGACAAGAUCAAAUCAUGGAACAAGUGCAGACGUGGAACAACAAAUUUAUGGGCGAAAAGCAGGGAUCGGCCGCUGGCGCUGAACGCGAGCGUGUGCUGAAGACGCUGGCCUGUGGCCAUGAUGCUUUCAUUGAGCUGAAAUCGAACCUCGAGGAAGGAACCAAGUUCUACAACGACCUGACGCCGAUCCUCGUCAAGAUGCAAUCGAAGAUCAACGACUUCGUCUUUGCUCGCAAGACUGAAAAGGAGGACUUGAUGAAACAAGUGCAGCAGAACAUUAUUGGCGGCGGUGGAGGCGCCUCGUCCGGAUCCGGAGCUGCACCUCCCCCUCGCCCGCCCCCACCCAGGUCUGCUGCUAGUAGAAAUCCGUUCGAAGAUGACGUUGAAUCCCCGAUUCCUCCUCCUCGAAACAUUGCCCCCAAUCAUGCUGCACCCACCCCCACUGCUCCGGCUAGCCAGCCAAUGGCUGCUCCAGUGGCCGCGCCUCAGAUGCCGCCCUACUACAACCAUGCUGUCCCUUACGGCCAGCCCCAGCCGAUGAUGUACAACUACGGAAUGCCCUACCCGACGUACCCUGGUGCUUACGGAGCGCCAAUGUACUCCGGCUACCCACCACCGCCUCAAGGAGCACAGCAGCCCUACCCUCAACAGCAAUAUCAUCAGCCACCGCAGCAACAGCCGCCCCCACAA